GUGUUUGUAACUUCAUUCUUACCUUUUUACCACCACCUCAUCGCUAUGCCAGUCGCCGUAUCACCAGCACCGACACCCUCAGUAGGCUUGAAGGCUUACUACCAAGCCAAGAUUGAAGCGGCGGAAAUAGAGAUCAACCAGAAGACCCAGAACUUACGUCGUUUGGAGGCUCAGCGAAAUGCACUGAAUGCGAGAGUACGAUUACUUCGGGAGGAGUUGCAGCUAUUGCAUGAACCUGGUAGUUAUGUCGGUGAAGUGGUGAAACCCAUGGGCAAGAACAAGGUUCUUGUCAAGGUUCAGCCGGAGGGGAAAUACAUUGUCGACUUUGACUCAGAUAUCGACGUCAACAAACUGACACCUUCACUCCGUGUCGCACUUCGUUCGGAUUCGUACACAAUCCACAAGAUUCUUCCUAACAAGGUGGACCCUCUUGUCUCACUCAUGAUGGUUGAGAAGGUGCCAGAUAGCACGUACGAAAUGGUUGGAGGUCUCGACAAGCAGAUCAAGGAGAUCAAGGAGGUCAUCGAAUUGCCUGUCAAGCACCCGGAACUCUUUGAAUCACUAGGCAUUGCACAACCAAAGGGUGUCCUGUUAUACGGCCCUCCUGGUACUGGUAAAACUCUACUUGCACGAGCUGUUGCACAUCAUACGGACUGCAAGUUUAUCAGGGUUUCCGGUUCUGAGCUCGUUCAGAAGUACAUUGGAGAAGGUAGCCGGAUGGUCCGAGAGUUGUUCGUUAUGGCGAGAGAACAUGCACCAAGUAUCAUUUUCAUGGACGAGAUUGAUUCGAUAGGCAGUUCACGAGGAGAGAGUGGAACAGGAGGUGGCGAUUCCGAGGUGCAGCGGACGAUGUUGGAGCUCCUGAAUCAGCUUGACGGUUUUGAGCCUACGAAGAAUAUCAAGGUUAUCAUGGCCACGAACCGAAUAGAUAUCCUCGACUCGGCCCUCCUCCGACCAGGUCGUAUCGAUCGUAAGAUCGAGUUCCCUCCUCCAGGCCCUGAAGCUCGUGUUGCUAUUCUUCGUAUCCACUCACGCAAGGUAAGCACGUUUAUUCUAAGAAUCUCCUCGGCAAUUACUCAUCUGAGAUUUGGUCAACGUUCACAGAUGUCCUUGCAACGUGGUAUUAAUCUUCGCUCGCUCGCUGAGAAAAUGGGCCAAUGUUCUGGAGCUGAAGUUCGUGGUAUCUGCACUGAAGCCGGUAUGUACGCGCUCCGUGAACGCAGGCAGCAUGUUACACAGGAGGACUUUGAGUUUGCGGUGGCGAAGGUUCGUGCUAUCAGUCGUUGUUCUAUGGGAAAACUAAACGAAUGCGUGUUCUAUGUAGGUCUUGAAGAAGAACCAGGAAGGAAACACGUCCGUUAACAGACUGUUCUUAUGAGUUACUGCUCUUCUGUAUCUUACGCAUUCGUAUUUUCCGCAUUGUUUUCUUUGGACGUUUGUAUUGGACUGAACAUUCCUCAAUUUUGACAACAUGACAGUUCUGUUCUGAUC